GUGAUCGGGUUAGGACGUGUGGGGUUUAUGGCGUUCUGUGUCUCAUUUGCGAAAAAUUGGCUCAUUUGAUUUUACAGACUACAAAUUUAAGCAUAAAGAAUGACUGAUUUGGUGAAAACUACUUGUGGAGCAGAAAUGAAGAGUCAUUCUGGACUUCAAACAUAGCAGAAGAAAUAUUUCCAAAAUACAAUAUGGAAAUAACCCAUGAACUACAGCAUAUUUGAAAUUCUAUCUAGAAGUUCUGGUACAGAAUGCAGACACAUUCUUUUGGGCAAAAAAAACCUGGCCUGUUUCUUUGUGUUUUGGCAAUCCUCUUUGGCAUUGUCCAUGAGUGUGCAUGUUUUCCUUUUCAAAAAGUUGGCUCAGCACAUACUGUUCCCAUCUCUUCUGUGACUGGUAGGUUAGCAAGAUGGACAAGUGGUAAUUAUUUUGAUGAUCUUUCAUUAACUACAGAAGCCUCAUCUGGAGGUUUGCAUCAGCAGUGGCUGCCAUCUGAAAGGUUUCAUGUCUCAGACGAUGAAUUUUUGGCAUUUGGACUCUCGGAUGCUAUCAUUCCUGGGCAUGUUUCUUCAACAUGGCCACUCAACAGAAGAACAGUUCCAACAACUAGUUCAUCAUUUCAAGUAAGGAAACCUGAUGGGACUGAAACUUCAUCAUUUAAAAAGUUUGGUGGUGGUAGAUUUUCAUCUCGGCACCAUUCACAGAUUAUGGACUUUUCUCAGGGACUGUAUGAACCAUCAUCUAGUGAUCCUCAUCAUAACUAUGGUGCUGUUACUUCUGUCAAUGGCCAUUUUAAGUCUCCACCAACUUCUAGUGGUUCUAGCCAUGUACCUUCUUUGAACCUUAAUUCUGAUACAACUGAAAAAAGUAUUUCUUCUUCAGUUGAUGCUUCAACUAACCAUGGUGCCCAUCAACUAACAUUAGACAUUAUUCAGAGUUCUUCCCAUGACAAUAACCCAAGUAGAAUGAAAGGAUUCAUCUCAAAUAGUGAACGAGGUGGCUAUAAUGAGAGGGAUCUAGUUGAGGGCACUAAAAUAUCUCCAACUUCUAAAGAAAGAAAAGGAGCUUAUUCAGCAUGGCUAUCUACUUAUCCUACUCAUUCACUAGAUCUCCAGAAUAAUGAACGUGACAACAUUUUCAAGAAUCCAGUUCCAGGCACUGCUUCAGAGAUAACAGAUAAACCAUUGGUUUCGAAAUCUAGUGACAACCAUACCACUGUUCAAACCAGUAAGAGCAACUUCACUGUUGUUCCUGUUUCUGAAACCCAAAAAACACACCUAGAUUCAGAAAUAGAUAACUCUUCCAUUGUGGGAAACUUCCCAACAGACUAUAAUACAGACAUCUUCAAAGAGAGCAGCAAAGUAAGAGAAGCAACUGAAGAUGAACACUCAACAAUUCCAGAAGGAGUACUUGAGAAAAAUGUACCUUAUGAUUUCUCCAAUACAACAAGAGAUAUUUCCCCAUCGGUUGAAAAAACUUCGAAAGAUAUUAUCAGACCAACCUAUUUACCUGCUGCAGAACAAGUAACAUGGAUAGCCAGGUUGGACAACAGCUCUGACACAAUGGAUAAGGAAAAAUCACAUCAAGAAAAGUAUCCUUUUUUACACAAGAAUCCAAACUUUGGAUUAGUGAAUGACCAACCAGCUUUAGAACAGUUUGGCAUUGGUCAUGCUGCAGCUAGUCCCCCAUCUUUCAUGAGUCCAGUUUCUGAAGCUCAGGACAGCAGACAGAAUGCUUUGAGUAGUGCUGCUGUAGCUGGUAUUAUCAUAGGGAUUGUUAGUGUAGCAGUACUAACAGGAAUGACUUUCCUUCUCCUUCAUCACAAAGAUUAUUGCAAAGCAGUUAAUAAGAUGGACAGUAAAUGUCCCCCAGACAGUUACAUAGACAAUUCUCUGGCAACAAGCUACAUGAACAAUCACAUUGAGCUUCCCAAGGAAAGUACAGAAGAAAUGACCUCGCUGGAUAAUGACUCGUUUCUAAACAGUCUGGAAGCUGUAACUAUACAGAAUUAUUGGGCAGACAGUUCCAAAAGUACCAAAGUUUAAGAUUUUUUAUUUUUUUUUAGGAUUAGAUACCGAAGUGGGAGUAUUGGUGUUCAUAAUCAUAUUUUGAAGAUAUGUAAGAUCAACCUGUGAGCUAAAGUGAAUUAUUGAAUCAGGGCAGGGUAGGAAUAGUUGUUAAUCCAGUCGUAGCAUCACAUAGUCACUGGCUGUAAUCCCAAUUUUUUGAUAAUUUGCAUUAUGGGUAAUAUUUUUUACAAAUUGGAAUAAUACAUAAGAAGAAAAAGAUUAGUCACUUGGAAGAUGGAAUAUAGAAUAUGAUACCCAUGGAAUUCUAUUUUGAUAAAUGUCAACAGACAACUAACUCCCAAAGUUUUGUUGGCAUCCUGCAACUGAAAUUAACCCUUUAGGUACAACUGUUGUCAUGUGAUUUAAAUUUCCUUUUAGAAAUGCAAAUCAAGUGCACAAAAUCAAUAGACAAAGCCUAACCUACACAGGUGACCUCAGCCAUGGUGUAUGUUGCUAUUCAAAACAUUGAUAACAUUUGCAAUUGAUGAUGAUGAUUUUGAAAAUGAUAUGAAUGAAAAAAGUAUGCGUCUAAAGGGUUAAAAAUGAAAAGACGUACUGUAGUCGCAAUGGGUAUCCUAAUGUUUCAGCUGAAGGAACAUAUUUUAGUAGUUUUUAACUGAUAAAAAUUUAUUUAAGUGAGCUAAUUAGGAUUUUUUUGCAACUACAAGAAAAAUAAAGUUGACAUAUACAGUGAAAGAAUGACUAUGGGAGAAUGAGAGGUGUAAUCUCAAAAGUUCAUAACAUGAAAUCCAAGAAAACUAUUCCUUCCCUGUAUGGAAUGAUUUUAGGCUUUGAAACUGUAUUAAUUCUGUUGUGCAGAUAUUUUUAUUCAACAGUUAUCAAGGUUACUGGUACGUUUGUAGUAUACAUGUUUUUAUUGUUUGUUUGUUUUGUAAUGUGCCAGGGUCACUUGUAUCCUUCAUUCAUGUAUGUGUUUCUAAAGGUUUGCAGUUGUGAUGUUUUUGGAGACAGAAAAUGGUCAAGGAGUAACUGUACAUUCCAAGAAAUGAAAAUAUAUCUAGAAGUGAAGCAAAGAAAGAGAUGUAAGGUUACAAAUGUCAUAUGCAAACACUGAUCUUGAAAUUGACUUAGAAUCACAUUACUAGAUUCUUACACUUGCUUGUAAGUGUGAUUCACUUGUGACAGUAAAUUUUCAGCCAAAGAACCUAAAAUGCCAUCCCCAUUGGGACAACAGUAAGUCUUCAAAUUUACAAUGCUAAAAUCAUGGGUUUGAUUUCCCUCGGUGGACACAGCAGAUAGCCCGAUGUGGCUUUGCUAUGACAAUACAAACACAAAAAAUGUCCCAUAGUGGCUCAGUGGCCUGUAGGCUUAUAAUACUUAAAAACAGGUUUAGCUCUAUGUGGUGGGCACAACACAACAGACUAUUGUGUAGCUAAACCAACCAACCUAAAAUUUAGAUUUUAUUAUACUAUGACAUUAAAAUAUAUAUAGUUUUGGAUUGCAAAAUUUUUUAUUACAAUUUAUUGUUUCUCUAUCAGUACCUGUCCAUAAUUAACCAUUAAAUUAGAUCCAAAUAUUUUUUCUGUGUUGUUUAUGUAAAAUUAAAUCUUAGUUUAUUUUGUUUACAUUAACAACUUUCAAAUUAAGAAUCAAAUUACAAAAAUUUAAUUUUUUAACAGUGAACUCUUGAAUAAUUUGCUACCAGUUUUUUUUAUUAUUACUUAAGUUUGCUAAUGGAUGUUGUCCGGUUUGUUGUGCUUUGUUUUUAUAACACUCAUCAGCUCAGUGAGAUACAAGUUAUCACACAUGCUAAAGAAACAAUUAGAUCUUUGACUCGUACUUUGAUUAGUCAUGUUUAUGGGAAAUCUACAUAAUUUUAGUUUUAAACCCAAGAUGGAACUUGUUUCAUAAUGUUAUUUUCCUCCCCUCACAUUCAGACCAAAGAUAAAUUGACAUAAAAGGUUAACUCCCUAGCAGUUAUUGAGACACUUAUAAGACUAACUGUAACAUUCUUCACUUGUCACAAAGAAGGCUGUUCUGUGGAUCUUAUUUCAAUGAUGUGGAAUAGCCAUUAACAGGGUGCCAAUUCUUGCAUUUCUUGUAAACCAGACAUUUUAUAUUACAGAUGAGUGCUCUACCAGCCGAGAUAAUAGGGUUAACCAAUGAGCAAUUACUAGUUUGACACUUUGUAACAAGUCAUACACCAGAGUAUAUUCAUUGCUAUAUAAAAUAAUUCGAGGGGUAACUAGCUUAAUUCAGGUACAUUGUAAGUUUCAUAGACAUUACCAGUUGGAGAGUAUACAGUGGCUGAUAGAUAGCUAGAUGAGGAUGAGAAAAUUUCAUCAUUGUUUGUGAGCAACUUGUCUUAUGUACAUCCAAAGAAACUGAACUAGUCACAGUCCUAAAUAUUACUGUCCUACACUACAAAGAAGGUUGAUUUCUAUCUCCAUCUGGCACACUAAGAACUUGGAUGAAGUCUGAAAAAGUUCAAGGUAUGUUUUACAUCUGGUAAAAGCAAACAAAAGUAACAGAAAUAGAUGAAGAUGGGAAAUUAUUAGCACGGAAUAAUUGAUGUACGUUAGUUUACUUUUGUUACUCUAUGUCAUAUUUUUAAAAUGUGCAAUUUGUUUUAAAAUUAUGCAUUUAUAAGUGAUUGAAUUUACAAAUAUGUACAAUUAUUUUAUUGGUUUUUAGAACUAGUGGUUUUCUUUUCUUGUAGCAGGUGUUAUUCGUAUGUAAAGAGAUAAUAUGGUUACACGCAAUUACUACUAUAAUGAGGAUAAACAUAAACUUGUGUAAAUGUAUUAGUCUAGCAGCCAACUCUCAAAGUGUUUGUCCCAUUGCACUCCCAUGUCAGAGUAUGUUUGAUGGCUGUAUAAGUUUACUCAGCACUAAAAUCUGGUGUUUAGUUCCCUGUGGUGGACAUAGCUGAUGGCCCAGUGUGGAUUUGCUCCCCAACAAACAAAUCCAGGCAGAAUAGACACACAGAAAAAUGUUAUAGAAACCUUAAAUUACUUUUGCAUAGAAAUGGCACCCAUGGAAAUACAAGUGUUUUUUGUUGUUUUUUAGAGAUAGAAUUGCCAUCAAUAUUUGAACUUCAUGAUGUUUAGUAAAAAGAUCUGUUGUGAAUAUGACUUCCAAAUACUAAAUGAUUUGAACUUUUUAUUGUCAGAGAAUUCUGUAACGUGUUUAUUCAACAUUAUUGUCAGUGGUAUUCGCAGAAGUAUAAUAGUCGGGUUGUAAUAAUUUUCUCCAUGAGUUUGCGAGGCAGCUUAAUAAGCUAAUGGGGCGGAAGUUAUUUGGGUUGGAUCUAUUGGUUUGUUUUUUUGGGUAUUGCUGUGACUAUUGCUUGUUUUCAUGUUAGAUUAUUGUUACAGUAUAGAAUUAUGCCUAUAUUAUUGUUUAAUGUUUCUGAGAUUAUCAUGAUGUCGGCUUUUACUUGUUUAUUUAGAUUGAAUAUUUCAAAUGUUUUGGUGACUAGGUCACCUUCAUAGUUGAGGUGCAUUAUUUUUAUUGUGUCUGUGAAUGUUAUGUUUGUAGUGUACGUUUGGUUAUUCUUAGUGAGAUGUGGUAAGGCUUGAGGUUGGGGAGGUCUAGCGAUUGAGCAGAGAGCUUCUAAACACUCUGCCCGUGUAGAGAAGUCAGGUU